AGCACACAAGCAUUUCUACAUUCAGGUAAUGAGAAUUGUAAAGUUGGACGGCUUAAGUGAAAGCACUGAAGCCUUUCUACCUUCAUCAAUCUCAAAAGCUUUAUCUUUUGCUAGAAACUCUAACGAACUGCGCAAAGUCCACUCAUUGAUAAUUACUUUGGGACUAGACCAGUCUGUGUUCUUCUCCGGCAAACUCAUAAGCAAGUAUGCCCGCCUCAAAGAACCCACUUCUUCUCUCUCCGUUUUUCGCCGAGUGUCGCCCACAAACAACGUCUACCAGUGGAAUUCAAUCAUUAGAGCGCUUACCCAUAACGGAUUGCUAUCUGAAUCUCUUCACUUUUACACUGAAAUGCGAAAAACUAAGCUUCAACCUGACGCGUACACGUUUCCUUCGGUUAUUAAUGCGUGUGCCGGGUUAUGCGACUCGCAGAUGGGUAAACAAAUUCACGAGCAUGUUCUGGAAAUGGGGUUUGGCUCGGAUUUGUAUAUUGCGAAUGCAUUAGUGGAUAUGUACUCUAGGUUCGGUGAUUUAGUCAAAGCGCGAAACGUGUUCGAGGAAAUGACUCACAGGGAUAUUGUGUCGUGGAAUAGUCUGAUUUCGGGGUAUAGUUCAAACGGGUAUUGGGAGGAGGCUCUGGAAAUUUAUUACAGGUCUAGAAUGGUGGGGAUGUUACCGGAUGCUUUUACAGUAUCAAGUGUUUUGCCUGCAUGUGGAAGCGCAAUUGUAGUUGAGGAGGGCCAGAUUAUUCAUGGGUUGGUUGAAAAGAUCGGGAUUCAUGCAGAUGCUAUUGUAAGCAAUGGGCUUCUUUCCAUGUACUUUAAAUUUAAUAGAUUGAGUGACGCUCGUAAAGUUUUUGAUGAGAUGGUAGUAAGAGACUCUGUUAGUUGGAACACGGUGAUUUGUGGUUACUCUCAGUCAGGGUUGUUUGGUGAGUCAAUUGAGUUAUUUAUGGAGAUGCUAAACAAAUUCAUACCAGACUUGUUGACAAUCACAUCUACUCUCCGUUCUUGUGUUCACUUACGGGAUAUGGAGUUUGGAAAAUAUAUUCAUGAAUUCAUGAUAAGAAACGGGUUUGAAUUUGAUAUUACAGUAAGUAAUAUCCUUAUUGACAUGUAUGCAAAAUGUGGUAAUUUAGUGGCUUCACGAGAAGUAUUUGAUAAGAUGAAAUGUAGAGAUUCUGUCUCAUGGAACUCACUGAUCAAUGGCUAUAUUAUAAAUGGUUUUUAUGAUGAAGGGUUAAAGCUUUUUAAGAUGACGAAGAUGGAGAUGAAAUCUGAUCAUGUGAGCUGUUUGACACUCCUGGCUGUCUCUACGCUGUUGGCAGACAUGGACCUGGGUAAAAUGAUCCACUGUGAUAUAGCAAAGUUUGGAUUUGAUUCAUAUCUAGCGGUCACUAAUGCUCUUGUUGAUAUGUAUGCUAAAUGUGGAAAAUUGAAGGAUUCGGUGAAAGUAUUUGAGAACAUGAAAGCUCGCGAUAUAGUCACAUGGAAUACCAUUAUUGCUGCCUGCGUUCGUUCUGAAAAUUGUAGUUUAGGAUUGAGAAUGACCAACCGAAUGAGAACUGAAGGAGUGUCACCAGAUGUUGCCACCAUGUUAGGUAUCUUGCCCAUGUGUUCCUUCCUUGCUGCCAAGCGACAAGGAAAAGAGAUCCAUGGAUGUGUUUUAAAAUUUGGAUUUGAGACAGAUGUUCCAAUUGGGAACGCACUGAUUGAGAUGUACUCCAAAUGUGGUAGAUUAGAGGACUCAGUCCAGGUAUUCAAGUGCAUGAAAAUGAAAGAUGUGGUGACAUGGACUGCUUUGAUAUCCGCAUAUGGAAUGUAUGGUGAAGGCAGGAAAGCUUUCAGAGCUUUUCUGGAGAUGGAAGAAACUGGGGUUUACCCUGAUCAUGUUGCUUUUGUCGCCAUCAUUUUUGCUUGUAGCCAUUCAGGUUUGGUAGACGAGGGUCUGGCUUGCUUUGACCGGAUGAAGAAAGAUUACAACAUUGAGCCAAGGAUUGAACAUUAUGCUUGUGUAGUUGAUCUUCUAUCCCGUUCUGGACAUUUCGCUAAAGCAGAGGAGUUUAUCCUUUCAAUGCCCCUGAAACCGGAUGCAAGUAUAUGGGGAUCUUUACUUAGCGCUUCUCAAGCACAUGGAGACAUAAAGUUUGCAGAACGCGUCUCAGAGCAGAUCAUCAAAUUGAGUUCAGUUGAUCCUGGGUAUUAUGUAUUAAUAUCCAAUGUAUAUGCGGCUUUAGGAAAGUGGGAUCAAGUAAGAAUGAUACGAAAAUCUAUAAAAACUAGAGGACUCAAAAAAGAACCGGGAUGUAGCUGGAUGGAGAUUCGAAACACAGUUUACGUUUUUGGGACUGGAGAUAAGUUUUUUGAACAGUUUGAAGAGGUUUAUAAGUUAUUAGGGAUACUUGCUGGUUUGUUGGCUAAGGAAGGUUAUGUUGCAAAUCUGCAAUUUGUUCUGCAUGAUGUGGAGGAGGAUGAGAAGAGAGACAUGCUUUGUGGGCACAGCGAAAGGCUUGCCAUAGCAUUUGGAUUGUUGAAUACGAAACCAGGGACCCCUUUGCAGGUGAUGAAAAACCUUAGGGUUUGUGGAGAUUGUCACACCGUGACCAAGUACAUAUCGAAGAUCAUGCAAAGAGAAAUAUUAGUAAGAGAUGCCAAUCGCUUUCAUUUGUUCAAGGAUGGAACCUGUAGUUGUCGAGAUCACUGGUGAUGAGUUUCUCCCAUUACUAAUACGGAAUUUGCUUGAUAAGGACCACGGUAAAAUUACAGCCAAUGUAUUUGAAAAAAUGGCUAAAUCCUUUCUGUUGUUCCCCAUUUCUCAUGGCACACAUCCUCCCUGCUGCUUACCCUGUUUUAUAGCUUGAUCAUCGACA